CUCGGGCACGAAGCGGGGACUUCGGAUCACUUCUGUCAAAUGUACAGGGACUGCAUCUCCUCUGAAUUUCAGGAAAUGUUCCUGAACAUGAGCCAUCUCCCCAACUUCAACUCGCACGCGAUCGAAAGCCACCUUCAUCGCAUCCCCAGCAUCUCGCAAAAGUUUCUUUACCUCAACGAUGACAUGAUGUUUGGCAAAGACGCAUGGCUGGACAACUUCUACACCCCAACCGAUGGGCAGAAAAUCUAUCUCGACUGGCCUUUAGCCGCUUGUUCAAAAGGCUGUCCAGCAAACCUAAUCAACAACGGGCAGUGUAAUCGGGAGUGCAACAAUGCCGCCUGUCAAUGGGACGGAGGCGACUGCAAAGGAAGAAGCCGCCGGUCAAAAAGAAGUGCUCGUGAUGUUGAUCUCAAGCUAAGAAGACUCAGUCAACCAGCCAUAAGUCAAGCCUGACACAAAAACCACCGAGCUUCUUCUCAAACGAAAAUGAGAACAGAGAUCCCCAUAUCCAGAGCGAACAGCAUGGGGAGAAAAAACAGAUCAACACAGAAGCAGUUGACUGGAAAACUCCUUUGGAGAUGAAGCUCCAACAGUUUGUUUCUUCUUUCAAGGGAUUCCUCAAAUACAUUCAAGAUCUACUUGAGGUAAGUGCGACCUAUUCUAACUUUGUAUCAUGCCAUCUGAAGUGGCAUCCUUUACUUUUAAUGUAAAAGGAAGAUGAUCA